AUGGCUGAAGAAGAAGUCGCUGCCCGGACGGAGAAAGUUAUCCGGAUCCAGAGGGUGUUUAUAAACCUGCUGGACUCAUACAGCAGCGGAAACAUCGGGAAGUUUCUAUCUAAUUGCGUGGUGGGAGCGUCACUGGAAGAAAUCACAGAGGAAGAGGAAGAGGAAGAUGAAAGCAAAUCAGCUAUGCUGGAUGCCUCCUCCUCCAGACUGAAGGAAGGCACCUUCCAGAUUGUGGGCACGCUGUCCACCGGGAAGCCUGAGCCUGGCUUUGCCCUGGAGACAUACUCUGACAUCUCUCGAGAAGAACUCCUCAUACGCCUGCUGGAGUGUGACGUUACUAUUUACAACAUCACGGACAACCCGAAGCAAGUGGAGGAAGCCCUCUGGGCAGUCUCUGCACUGAACGAGGAAGUCAACCAUUUCGAGAAGCGCAAGGUGUUUAUUUUAGUGUCCACGGUGAUGACCUGGGCGAGAUCCAAACCCCUGGACCCUGAUGAUUCUGAUGUUCCAUUUACUGAAGAAGACUAUCGAAGAAGAAAGCACCAUCCUAAUUUCCUGGACCACAUAAAUGCUGAAAAAAUGGUUCUCAAAUUUGGCAAAAAUAUCAAAAAGUUUGCAACUUACGUAGUUGCUGCUGGACUUCAGUAUGGAAUGGAAGGAGGAAUCUUACAUUUCUUUUUCAAGUUAGCUUGGUUGGGUGAGGUCCCUGCAUUGCCAGUUUUUGGAGAUGGAUCAAAUAUAAUUCCGGCAAUUCACGUUCUUGAUCUAGCAGGAGUGAUACAGAACAUAAUAGACCAUGUGCCGAAGAUUCAUUACCUGGUGGCUGUGGAUGAGUCUGCACAGACCCUGGAAGACUUGGUCAAGUGCAUCAGUAAACAUACCGGCCCUGGGAAAGUCCAGAAAGUCCUCAAAGAAAAUGCUUUCCUGACCAAGGACUUAACACAAGAGAGUAUUGACCAUUUGCUGGUCAACCUGAGGAUGGAAGCACUCUUUGUGAAGGAGAACUUCAACAUUCGAUGGGUUUCCCAAACGGGGUUCGUGGAAAACAUCAACAGUCUCCUCAAAGAGUACAAGCAGAGCCGAAAAUUGUUGCCCAUAAAGAUUUGCAUUCUCGGCCCGCCUGCUGUGGGGAAAUCCAGUAUAGCUGAAGUGCUGACCAAGUACUACAAGCUCCAUCACAUUAAACUGAAGGACGUCAUUUCUGAAGCCAUAGCAAAACUGGAGGCCACUGUGACACCUAAGUAUGCCCGGGAAGAAGACGAUGAAGAUGAAGAUGAGGAGGAAGAGGACAGCGUGGAAGAGGCACAGGAGCUCUUGGAUGGCGUCAAAGAAAGCAUGGAGCAGAACGCAGGCCGACUGGAAGAUCAAUAUAUAAUUCGAUUUGUGAAAGAAAAGCUAAAAUCCAUGCCUUGCAGGAAUCAAGGUUACAUUUUGGAUGGAUUCCCAGAGACCUAUGACCAAGCCAAAGACCUGUUCAUCCAAGAUGACGAGGAAGAGGAGGAAGAAAUGAAAGGCAAAAUGUCUCCCUUUGAUAAAUUAAUCAUACCUGAAUUUGUCUGUGCACUGGACGCCUCGGACGAGUUCCUGAAAUUCCGGGUGAUGAAUCUCCCCGAGAGCGUUGUGGCAGGCACCCACUACAGCCAGGACCAGUUCCUCCGGGCUUUGAGCAACUACCGGGACAUCAAUACCGAAGAUGAGACGGUCUUCAACUACUUCGAUGAACUUGAAAUCCACCCAAUACACAUUGACAUAGGAAAACUUGAAGACACUCAGAACAGACUCGCUAUCAAACAGCUUAUCAAAGAGAUUGGGGAGCCUCGCAAUUAUGGUUUAACGGAAGAGGAGAAGGCGGAAGAGGAGCGGAGGGUUGCCGAGGAACGCAUGGCCAGGGAGGCCAUCGAGGAAGCGAACCGGGAGCACAGGGAAGCCACGGAGACAGCAGAGAAGAUUGCUCGCUGGGAGGAGUGGAAUAAACGACUAGAGGAAGUGAAAAGAGAAGAAACAGAAUUCCUAGAGGCACAGUCUGCUCCCCUGAGGAACUAUUUAAUGACCUAUGUGAUGCCAACGCUCAUGCAGGGUCUGAACGAGUGUUGUAGGGUCAGGCCAGAGGAUCCUGUUGAUUUUCUGGCAGAGUAUCUCUUCAAGAACAACCCUGCAACACAGUGA